AAUGAGUGAUUAAUCUUAAACUUAAUACUUGAAUAAAAGUGUCAAAGUAAUUUGCUCAGACAAUAGAGUUAUUUAUGGAGUACUUUCAUGUAUCUCAUCGCCUUUUUCAAUCAUCCUUUAACAUUCUGUAGCUACUCACCCUUCUCCAUUAGAUCUAGAUAUUGAAUUUCAUUAUACUCCACAAUUCCCAGCCAAAUAUUUUACAAAUGAUGAAUCUAUUAGAGAAGCUUACAAUAAUUUCAACAAAGCCACUGAAGAAAAUAAAUAAGAAUUAUAAAAAAAAGUUGAUGAAGCCAAAGCAUUCAAUGAUCUUUUUAUGAAAGAUAAAUAUUAUGUUGGCAGUGUUGUCAUACCUGGUGAACAUAUAAAAAAUGUCAUAUUAAUCUAAUGAGCA